AUGCCUGUUCAGGUUCGAACUUUAAACCUGAAAUUGAUAAAAUGGGCCCAGUUGAGGGUAACUUCCUACGUGACUCAUUUAGACACGAAAAAAUUCAACGAAACGGUCAGAGGACAUUGUACUGCUCUGAGCCUCGGAACAAUUGACCAAUUUGGUCAAAUAGCACCAACCAGUCAGCCACGGGCAGAAUUGUUGAACUGCAACCCAAUACCAGCCCUGACUCAAUCAAAGGAUAACUUUCUAGACCCUUGUUGCAGUCAUGGCUCAACUUCUUCCUUGGAUGUUACCACAUGCUCAUUCCACCUAUCGGGAGAUAAACCAGGCAUUGGGCCUACCACUGUAGUGGAGGUACUGGUCCCAGCAUGCACAAAAACUCAGCCUCCGUGUUCCUCUCUGUCAUGGAGUAAUUCUCAACCCAAAAGUCAACUGGUGAGUUAUAGCUGUGAAAAACACAAGUCUUUGGAACUGACUUGCAACCCAUCGCCAAGCCCUGGAAGUUCCAAGCCGCCAGCUCAAAGAAAUGGACCAUCAGAGGAACAGCUCCAUCAAGUGAAAGAAAGACUUAUAGAAGUUGUACCUAAUUUUUUCAAAAGAACACAUGACUACCGACUGUACAACCCUAAUAUGGUGUUUAUUAAUAACUUUUGGGGAAAAGAAACUGUACACAGAGGACUCUCUGCAUAUAUGAUGGAACUGUCAAAUAAUUAUUUGUUUGUCAUAUAA